AUGCCACAGCUCUGGCGUCAGACCACACUGCAAAGACAUAUUAUCAACUUGAACCUUCGGAUAGAAUUGGUGGACAACACUAAUGAAAGCGGCAAGGAAAUUGCCAGCGUAAAGGGUGCCAACACUAUCAACAAUUCUCAGAGCCCACCGAAGACUAGCAAGGCAAACUUUGAUGACAAUGGCCCCUCAGUACGGAAUGAUGAGGCUCCGCCUCUGGCAGUGAGAGAAUAUGAAAAUGGCGAGGUGGACUCCAUGGUGGAGCUCAAAGAGAGACUGCAGCUUGCGGAGAAGAACUGCUUGAGGUUGGAAGAGCUGCGUCAAAAGUACAGACUUCGUUGGUUGGAGGAAAAUUAUCAAGCAAGAGUAUUGGAAGAAUAUGCACCAAAUGAAAUUGACACCUGCCCUCCCCACCAGAUUGCAUGGGAUGCUCCCUCUCCCGCUCAAAGUGAAUACAACCUCGAAGUUGAGGACGAAAGGAUCAGAGGAUGCGGGAACACCGGUGGAAUAUUUAGAUGUGCAGGUAUAACACUUGUUCUGAUGUUGUCUUCUUCUCCACUCCUCCUUUCCAUGGUAGGAUUCCCAAACAUUCAACUUUUAUUGAUGCUUACUAGCUACCUUCUAGGAACCCUAACUCGCUAUCACUUGCACCCUGCUGAGUGGCUACACCGUUUGCCUGAUUCCCUUUUUUUUGAAGAAGGUUCUCUUUGCGAGCCUCUGGCUGUAGCUCUCGCAGGCAUCGAGCGUGUUGGUCUCCGCCUUGGUGACCCCACUUUGAUCUGGCGCCGAGCCCAAAGUUGUAAUCUGAUCUGUUCCAGAACCGCCUCGACUUUGCAAAGAAGCUUGUUCCUGGACGCGACCCAAAAGAUCAAAGCUGCUGCUAAUGGCCCUGAGGUUGCGAUUGAGUGCAGCAGUGUGAAGAGCAGUGUGCAUACUGCAGUACAUGUAACGCAAUUUGGUGGAAAGGUGUUCAUCAUUGGCGUCGGCAAGAACGAACAAGUGUUCCUGUUCAUGCACCUGAGUGCCAAUGAGAUAGAUGUUAGUUUCCAAUACAGAUAUGCUAACCAGUACCCUAAAGCUAUACGCCUUGUCGCUGGCGGUCUGAUCAACUUGAAGCCUCUGAGGGGCCGGCGCCGCCCCCGCCUGGUUAGGCAUCGAUUUAAACUGAAGGAUGCUGUCUCUGCCUUCUGUGUCACUGCAGACCCUUCUCAAGCACAUGCUGCCCGAAGUUAUGCCACAAAGCGCGGUAUCACCGGUGACACGAAUUUGAGCACUGGAAACGCUGCCACCUUCCUAUUCAAAAGUUGA